AUGCCCUUCAUCUCGCAGACGAAACGCCGCGUUCCAUUCAACCCCUACCAGCCCUCCGAAUGGCGGGUCCAGAAUGCCACCAACCACCUGAUGCAACCCUCCAUCUCGUUCGACUACAUCGGCGCCGCCGCCGCCGGGCAAGGCGUUUCCAUGUACGAUAUUCGACUGCAAGGAAAUGCAACGCAACUUAAGGCCGCUAAUGACUUGGUGCUUGCAAGCAGCGGCCUGACGCGCAUCACUUUUCGCAUUAUUUGGUCUGGCUAUGAACAUGUUGAAUGGUGCCGCACCAUCAACGUCGUCUCUGAGACUGGCGUGCCUAUCACUCGCCUCGGACUCGCCAUCCAGGUGGCAAGCAGCUUUGCUCAUUGGACUGAGAAGGCACAAUACGUGAAGCCCACAUCAUCCGACUGGAUGGUUUCGCCCGCUUGUGUGCAGUUCCGCCACAUGUACCUUGUUUCCCUUGUCAACACCUUUGAAAAUGUUUGGCAGGCUGAUGUCGCUCUGGACGUUGUGUAA